CAUGAAUAAGGAUGUAAUUGAAUAACCACACAUCUACAUUUUCUUUGUAUAGUUAUUAACUACGAGAUGGUUCUAAAGGGUAAAGUGGUUACAGAACUUGAGAUCCGAUCACCUGCUGUCAAGUUCUUCAAUGGUUAUGCAAAGCAACUUCACAAUUUAUCAAACAUCGUUGACAAUAUUCAUGAUGGCCAGUUGCAUGAAGGUGAUUGGCAUGACAUUGGUGCUGUUAAGAGCUGGACUUUUACCACAGAAGGGAAAGUGGUAACAUUUAAGGAGAGCAUUGAAGCUAUUGAUGAUGAGAAGAAGACAAUAUCAUUCAGUAUCUCCGGUGAAGAAAUUACUAAGGAUUACAAGAUGUUUAAGCUCCACUUGCAAGUGAUUGAUAAGGAGGAAGGUGGUGCUGUUACUGUAUGGACUAUUGAAUAUGAAAAGCUGCAUGAAGAUAUUACACCUCCAUAUCGCUUCUUGGACAUCAUAACUGUUACUACUAAAGAUAUCGAUGCUCAUGUUCUGAAGGAGUAACAAUAAUAAUGCAAUAUGUAGAGAGAAUAAGCUAAACAACGAAAAAGAAUGAGUUUAGCAUGAGAAUAUAAAUGCUUAGUUAUUAAAGUGUCAGUGUUAAAUAUAAUUUCUAAAGAAUAAGGAGGUGAUGGCUCCCAAGUAUGGUGUGAACAAGGACAAGCCAAUUUUAUUUUACUUUAUAUAUAUAUAUAUAUAUAUAUAUAUAUAUAAGAAAAUAU